AUGGCCGUCGGGAGAAGAGGGAUGGCCAUGCAGAGACGGCUUGUGCUGUCAAGCGUCGGCUCGAGGAUCUCGUCGCAGAGAUCCACAGGGGACCAGCAGACAGAAAAGAGGAAGGAGGAGCAGGGGGGCGUCAAUCCAGACGAGGACGCGGCGCUGUCGUCGGGCGUCAAGGCCGAGGAGCCACGGGCGGCCGGGUCGACGUCGGCCUUUGACAUCGACACGUCCACCUCGCAGCUCGUCGCCGCCGCCGAGACGCAGCAGCAGGAGAAGCGGACGGGUGCGCGGGCGAAGAGCAGGCAGACGUCGCAGGAGCGGAGCCGGCGGACGACGACGACGAUCCUCGGCGGUCUCGUGCUCGUCGGCGUUGGGGCCAGCAUCGUGAACCUGGGCCGGGAGUGGGACACGGUCGAGGAGCGCACCAAGUUUGGCGACGAUCCGCUGGGACAGAGCUUCUUCGGCCGGCUUCGGCUCCGGUUCAAGUCGAUGUACACAUCGCUGCAGGCGCCGGCGUGGGAGAAGCUGCUGCCAGACCCGCUUCCCCACCCGUACCAGCGGCCCUACACGCUCAUCCUCGACCUCGACAACCUCCUCAUCCACAGCGAGUGGUCGCGCAAGGACGCCUGGCGCACCGCCAAGCGGCCCGGGCUCGACUACUUCCUCGGCUACUUGUCGCAGUGGUACGAGAUUGUCGUCUUCACCCGGCAGCCCUUCUACAUCGUUGGUCCAGUGCUCGAGAAGCUGGACCCAGACCACCGCUACAUCACCUACACGCUCUUCCGCGAGAGCUGCCGCAUGACGGACGAGGGCCACGUCGUCAAGGACCUUGCCGCGCUCAACCGGGACCUUAACAAGGUCAUUGCGCUCGACACGGAGCCCGAGGCAGUGGAGCUGCAGCCAGAAAAUGCCGUCAUUCUCAAGAAGUGGGAGGGCCAGCGGGGCGACACUGGCCUUGUAGAGAUGAUUCCCUUCCUCGAGGCAAUUGGCAUCUACAACAUCCCCGACGUGCGCCAGACGAUCAAGGCCUACGAAGGCACCCACAUCCCCACCGAGCACGCGGCCCGGCAGCGCGCGAUCAAGGAGGCCGAGGAGGCCGAGUGGCGCCGCAGACACACGGGCUCCGGCUGGCUCGGCGGGCUCAAGGAUCCCACGGCAUCGUCGGGCCGGGUGCCCAAGUCGUGGUACGAGCAGGAGCGGGAGCGCUUCCAGCAGGGCUACAUGGAGGACCAGCGGUACUGGGCCGACAACGUCGAGGCAUUCCGCAAGCAGGCAAAGGAGGACCAGGAACGCCAGCUGCGCGAGAUGAAGCUUAGUGUUUGGGGCCUCCUCACGGGCCAGGGCAUGAAGCCGCCGGGGGCCGAGGACACGCCCGCGCCGGCCUGAGCCGCAGUGCAAUCUACCCUACAUUCACCCUUCUCUGUGCUGAUUCUGUGUGCUGUCUCUCGUCUCGCCUCUUCUCGCCUCUCUGCCUCUGUUUUCCUUUGUGUCAAUCCCUUGCAUGUCUCUAUGUGUGAUGGCUUGGCUCUAUGCCUUGUCCUGGCUCUAUGCCUUGGUUGCUCCUUCUGCUGUCCUGAUGCAAUCGCGCCUGGCAUCACCACUC